AUGGAGGGAGAGAGAAAACUUCCAGAGGCAGAAACGGAGGGGAACAGACAUGAUGGGACCAUCAGGAUGUGGUAUAAGAUCACAAAGUCUGAAGGAGAGUUGGACAAGGCGAAAGGGCUGGAGCCAGAAGAGAUGUGUUCAGAUACCUUCCAAGAUAACUCAGUUAACGUAAGCACCCUCUUGGAAUUGUUCCCCAAGUUAUUACGUUUGGAUGGUCAGGAGUUAUCCCCAUCUGUUGUCUGUGACACUGAAGAGCACAAGAAUUUACCAUUCUUCAAGGUGAGGAUCAAGCAGAAUCAAGGAGCUGUGAUCAAGCAGGGCAUGAGGUACUACUGGAUCUAUGACUACGGGGAUCGGCAGGGCCUCCUGGGUGCUUACCACAGUGAGGCCUGCUUCUCACUUUUCAUUCCCUUUAAUCCUCAAGACCCAGCUUCCAGCUUGGCCACGUACUUCAGGUACAGCAGGAAUAUGAAGACAUGCAAGGACCCCAACCUGAGGGCUCAUUUGCUGAAACACACAAAACAUGACAUUGUUGAUUUCCUAAGUGUGCUGCCUAGAACGCAGCAUGACCUCAGCUCCUUCCUGGUGGAUGUGUGUGUCCAGACGGAAAAGAUGCUCUGCUUUUCUGUCAAUGGGCUGUUCAAGGAGGUAGAAGGAAUGUGUCAGCUUCGUGUUUAUGCCUUCACCCGGACCUUCAUUUUGACUUCUGGCAACAAUUCCAACUUCUACAUUGUAAAUGACCAACUGUCUCUGAGAGAUGCCAGCCCAACAGAGACCCAGAGUGCCUCUCCCCCACAGUGUGCAUACUCUCCUACUACUCCUUACCUUCCACCUUCCCAAGAGCAGCGGGACAUGGUGCAGUCAUUUCCUGUCAGUCUGAUGAAGCUAGAGUGCUCUCAGAAGUGA